AUGUCUUCCUCCUCAGCCCAAACUCAACACCUUGCAGCCAUUUUGACUUCUAAGGGCUCGCCAUUCGAUAUCGCAUAUCGUACAACGCCGACACCAGGACCAGACGAAGUUCUCGUUGAAGUCAAGGCCAUAGCCAUAAAUCCCAUUGACGCCUACCAAAGGCUUAGCGGCUUCGUCAUCGAUUCAUACCCAGCAGUUAUCGGCUCAGACGUAGGCGGCGUCAUUAUCGCCGCUGGAAUAAAUGUAUCUACAGACCUCCAGCCAGGGACACGUGUAUCUGCAUUCGCACCGUGUUUCUUUAGGCGAGGCGCGCCAGACUACGGCGCCUUCCAGGAGCGCGUGCUGAUUCCGGCUAGCAAUGUGGCGCUGUUGCCCGAGAAAAUAAGCUUUAAGGAGGCGAGCUUGUUCCCGAUGGCGGUGGGGACGGCAUGGGCGGGACUACAAGUUGUCGGCAUUCCACGAGAUGCAGAGUACAAACAGGAGGAUAAAAAGGUUUUGUUGAUUUGGGGAGGUGCAAGCAGCAUUGGAAGCGCUGUCAUUCAAGUCGCCAAAUCACUCGGGUUCAUCACUUACGUCACUGCAAGCGAGAACCACCACGAUUACAUGAAAGAAUUAGGCGCCGACAAAGUGUUUGAUUACAAGGCUGAAGACACGGUCGACGCAAUCGUCAAGUCUGCCCGCGAAGACGGAGUAAAAAUACAAUAUGCUUAUGAAGCAUCUGGUAGAGCGGUCAAGGACGCGUUUGAGGUGCUCAAGAAAGCCAAAGGAAAAGAUAUUGCUAAACUGGCAUCGGCGGCACCACUGAGGCCAGAUUGCCCCACUGCUGAAGGAAUCGAGGUCAAGUUUGUUGCAGUCCCGACAGAUGUUGGUGCUCGAAGAGAGUUCUCCAGCUUUGUGUAUCGGGAUUGGUUAACAAAGAAAUUGGCCGACGGAGAGUUCGUACCUAGUCCAAGGAUUAAAGUCGUCGGAAAGGGGCUGGAAUCAUUGCAAAAGGGUCUAGAUGAAUGGAGUCAAGGUGUCAGUGGGGUCAAGCUCGUGGUUGAUUUGGAAGUCAACAAUGCUUAUGAGCAUUCGUAG